AUGGACGAAAACUACGACGUUAUCGUUUUGGGAACUGGCUUGACCGAAUGUGUCUUGUCCGGUCUCUUAUCAGUCGAAGGAAAGAAGGUGUUGCAUAUCGACAGACAAGAUUUCUAUGGCGGGGAAUCGGCUUCUCUCAACUUGUCACAAUUGUAUGGGAAAUUCAAGCCAACAGCGCAAAGACCAGAGUUGAAAGGUAGAGACAGAGAUUGGUGUGUUGAUUUGAUACCAAAGUUUCUCAUGGCAAAUGGCGAAUUGACAAAUAUAUUGGUGCACACUGAAGUCACUCGUUAUAUUGAAUUCAAACAGAUCGCAGCAAGUUAUGUUUACAGAAGCGGUAGAAUUGCUAAGGUUCCAUCAAAUGCAAAAGAGGCAUUGGCCUCACCAUUGAUGGGGAUUUUCGAAAAAAGGAGAAUGAAAAAGUUUUUGGAGUAUAUUCAAAACUAUGAUGAAAAGAACCCCGCCACUCAUCAAGGAUUUGACUUGGAUAAGAACACCAUGAAUGAGAUUUACACUUAUUUUGGAUUGGAGAGCGGUACCAAAGACUUUAUUGGACACGCAAUGGCGCUUUGGUCAAAUGACGAUUACUUGAAUGAGGUUGCCAGACCUACAUACGAGAGAAUCUUGUUGUACGCGCAGUCUGUUGCCAAAUAUGGUAAAUCUCCUUAUAUUUAUCCAUUGUAUGGAUUGGGCGAGUUGCCUCAGGGAUUUGCUAGGUUGUCCGCCAUCUAUGGAGGAACUUAUAUGCUAGAUACACCAAUAGAUGAAGUGUUGUAUGAAGGAGAGGGACCUGAUAAGAAAUUUGCCGGUGUUGUGACAAAAGAAGGUACAGCAAAGGCACCCAUCGUUGUUGCUGACCCUACAUACUUUCCUGAAUAUGUUAAGAAAACCGGACAGAGAGUCAUUAGAGCUAUUUGCUUGUUGGACCACCCAGUACCCAACGUGGAUUUGGAUUCUUUGCAAAUCAUUAUUCCCCAAAAUCAAGUUGGUAGAAAGAAUGAUAUUUAUAUUGCCGUGUUGUCCGAUGUUCACAAUGUGGUUCCAAAGGGACACUUUCUUGCGAUCGUGUCAACAAUUAUUGAAACAGAUGCACCACACGUGGAGUUGGAGCCUGCAUUUAAGUUAUUGGGACCAAGAAUAGACACCUUGAUGGGUAUAGCCGAGCUUUACGAACCAAAGGAUGAUGGAACAAAGAACGGUAUCUACUUGUCUAAGAGUUACGAUGCCAGUUCCCAUUUCGAAUCCACCACUGAUGACGUGAAGGAUAUUUACUUUAGAAUCACUGGGAAGCCAUUGGUUUUGAAAAAGAGAGAGACCGAGGAUGAAGAGUCAAAUGUGAUUCCAUAA